AAUAACUGAUAAACAAGCACGUAGGUUCGAAUACUCACAAUUUAUAAACCCGUUCUUCAACACUAUUUGUUUCGCAGUAGCAAAACCUUAGUGACAGAGUCGGUUUCAUAAUAUAAAGCUUAUUGAGACCAACAGAGCCCCACUAACUAAGGGCGUUUAAGAGAGCGUCUAUUAUCGGUAAUUUUAGGCUAUUAUUGUCCAUAUUCCGUUCUAAUUACCUACCUGGCAGGAUAGGUAAUAAUAUUCACCAUUUGAACAACUAAUCGGUUACAAAAGUCCUGAGAUGUUUACAGCUGUUCGUACACUUAACAAUAGAUCCUCCAUGAAGCAAUUUUAUAUUACGUGAAAUAAAGCGUAUGGGAAAGUCACGUUAUUUACGAAAUCCUUCCUUGCUUUUAAAAGUUAAUACUUGUUCCGCUGAAACCAUGGCGUGAUAGUAUAUAUCAUUUUCCUAUGAGAGGCAACAAAUGUCGUCUAGAAAGCAAUUAAAGGCCAAUGCAGUGGAAAGUAAUUCAUUUUCAUUUCGUAUCCCGUCCUCAAAACAUUAAAAAGUACGGCAAAGAUGCUCUCCUCUUUUCCAGCGGCAUUGAAUUCAACUUCGGCUAUUUCGAAUCCUUCUUCAACACAAGCCCCCGCUGCCGAUUACUUCCACUUCAACGAUCAGGAAAGAAGUUGCCAGUUCUCCAGCUCGUUUUCCAUCCGCGCCAUUUUGUCUUCUUCGCCCACCUCUCCAUCAAUGCAGUCACUUCCUUCUUCCAUUUCUUAUCGCCAGUUGCUGCUCGCGGGGGAUUCUGGCCCCUUUGAUUAUUCGGCUCAAUUUCCUCACUAUCAUUGCUGUCAUAACGGAGCAUGCGCUGUCAAUUGGCAAUCAGACAUGGAAUCAACCAUCAAACGAGGUGAUGACAAGAAAGAUAAGCGAAAACCCAACAAGAGAUCCCGAACGAUUUUCACGCCUGCGCAGCUGGAGCGAUUGGAGAACACUUUCUCUAGGCAGCAGUACGUGGCAGGAGAAGAACGCCGUAAUCUUGCUACUGCGCUUCAGCUGACAGAGACUCACGUCAAAGUUUGGUUCCAAAACAGGAGGAUCAGGUUUAGAAGACAGGCCAACCAACAGUCAGACGUAGCAGAAACUACAAAGGACUAACGACUAAAACACUUUACUGAUCGCACCUCUACUAGUGGAAGUAGUUCACCAGUCAAACUUUUAGUAUAUGUUUUUCAUUUACAGUUUAAAUGUUUCAUUGUCUCUUUUGCGAGUAGUAAACUCAAUCCAAAAAUGGCUCAGUUAAACUAGAACUCUUAGCACAGAAAUACUCUCUUAGGGAUUCAGAGAACGUAUCUGGUUUGUAUCAUAUGACUAAAAAAUGGCGCGAGCUCCAAAAAUCCGGUAGCCUGACGAGCCAUCACGACUAAAUCAGAA